GGUGUUCCGUGGGUCCCACUUCCUAAUGAGGGGGCUCAUGAGCUUCUGAUUUUCUUUCCAUCGCGUGGAACUCACGUGCCGGCGAACGGUGCUGAUAAACCGCAUCUCCUUGUGAGCAAAGCCCCCGGUGCAUUGUGAAACUCUGCCAUGGCCUCCAUCUUUAGGGCCCGCUGCCAGAGAGAGGGCGGAGCGGGAGGGAAGAUACUUCGCGGGCGGCCGGCAGCGCCGCCCGCCUCCCCUUAUGCUCGCCCGAAGAAGCAACUGCCGUCUCCCGCUUCUGCUUCCCUUGCCUCAUCCCAAAGCCCUAGGUGGAUCCAGGGUCUCAUCUCGGGCGCCGGGAAGCUAAUCUCUACUGUGUUUCGCUCUGAAGAUAGCUCGUGUUCUUCGUCUUCUGGUUAUUCUUCUGAUGGAGAGAUUAGUUUGAGCUCUGAUGACAAGGAAGAUGUUGAUGCCUCUUCCAAACAUCUUCAUCGAUUAAAUCAGGGAGGAAAUAGACCAAAUUCAGCCAGGGAUUGCAUGGAGGGGUCACAAGCAGUUGUCUCAAGAAGUGAAUCUAAACUUGUUAUCGAGCAGUUGCUUAUGCAGGAAACCUUCACAAGGGAUGAAUGCAAUAGACUGACCAAAAUAAUACAAUCACGAGUUAUAGAGGCUCCAUUUACAGGAGUUGUUGAGGGUGGAACACAUAAGGGAACUUCAGACAGGGCUACUAGCAGUGCUACUGCAUUUUUGGGAGCUUGGCAAUCCUUGAAUCAGAAUCUACUGGAAUCAAUACAAUAUUCUGCUAGUAAGCUGAAUGCGUUUUCUCCUGGGUAUUCUGCCAUCCAAGCAUGUACACCUGAUCUUCGUGACACAGCUGUUAUGGAGGCCAAGAAAUGGUUAGAAGAGAAAAGGCUGGCAUCAAGCUCAAAACAUACUUUUGAUUGUGGACCUUGCACUUUAAAUACCGAUAGGCUUCAAUAUGGGAUUGAAAAUGAAUCAGGUUCACCUCUAGAUUUAGCUAAAACAUACAUGCGCUCCUUGCCUCCAUGGAAAUCACCAUCCUUAAGCAGUAUUGGAUUUAAGACCCCACCACCCAGUUGGAUGCAUCUUUACAAGGAUGAAAGCACAGAUGCGACUUUAAAUCAUUUCUUGUCCUCAUCCAAGGUUUUGAAAAGGAACUCUCUUUCUAUUGGAUUGUGGGACACCCUUGAGGAAACUCGCAGAGUUCGUCUGAAGUCAAGAGAUGAAACAUUGGAGAUUCCUAAGUUUAAACAAAUAGAUUCAUCUGCAAGAUUGUUUGAAAAUGACACCUCUAAGAUCUCAUUAGGUGCUGAUAUGAGAGAUCAAAAAGUUUUGGGAGUUGAUCAUCAUUCAAAUUCUUUAGGACCUACAGAUGUUCCCAGUGCAUCACCAAAACUGCCCGAAGAGUUGAAUACUGAAAAUCUUUGUUCAAAUGGAGCCCUUGGAUUCUCUGAUCAAAAGGAUGGUGAAGAAAAUACUCUGACAGAAACAGGCAAUGUGACUUCGAUCGACAUAGUUUCAGAGCCUGAAGAAGCUCUUAAUGCCGUGCAACCAACCAAUAAAAGUUCAUUGCCACAUACUAAUUCAUCACAUCCUGUUCGUUCUAUAAUAGAGAGUGAGCUUAAGUCUUCCAGUCAUAAUGUCCUGGUAUUAGAAAAUAAUAAGGAGGAUGGGACAGAGCGUUUGCAACUUCAAGAUGGCAGCAUUGAUGUUCCCCAUGAGUCUCUUAUUUUAGCUUCCAAGUCAGUGGAGCUUGGUGGUAAUCUCUUAUCUGAAGCAAAUGACUUGACAUCACAAUGCAUCAAGAUUGCAGUGCCAAGUGGUGCUGAUGGUGCCAUCAAUGGUGAAAAUAAUCACACUAGCAGCAUACAGACAGUUCCUGAGGUUUUAGGGAUAUUAGAAGCCAAUGAUUCCUCACAAUUGAAUCUGGAUCCAGGUCUCAAAAAAACACAUUCUAUUGCUGCAGAUUCAAGGCUGCCAGAUGGGAAUCCUCGUAUGCAGAAGGAAGCAAAUGGAUCGGCACAAAAAAUUACUGCCACUGGUUCAGCUGCAGAAUCAAAUGCCAAUUCAGAUCUUGAAUCCUCCAGCAAGGGAGACCCCUGUGGUACCAACUCCAAUGGUGAGCCAGCUACUGCAAGCAUCUCUGAGGGAAUUCAUGAGCCACAAAAUGAAUGUGCCAUCAACAUUCCUUCUGGUCAUGAUACCAACAGUACUGCAGGCAAAUCACGAAAUGGUACAAGGAUGAAGUCAAUUGAACGGAUGUUGACCAAACCUCAGCCAAGCAUGAGACUCCGUAGGCGGAAAGCAGUGGCCAAAACAAAAAGAGGAAGAGGGGCAAAGUGACAACUGGCUGCUUGAAGCCACAUUGUACGCUAGUUUGCUUCAACGUAAAAGCAUCCACUGUUUAGGCUGGGUGAAACACCACAAGUGUAUAUCCAUGUGGGAUGCACAUGUUGUAUCAUCUCUAAUUUCCAUUAAUUAACAGAACAAGAUGGAGGUUUAUCACCUUAUUUCUUUGAUUAUUGCCAUUGAUUUUGUAUUUUCUGAAUGCAAUUAAUCUGUGUACUGCAACAGUUGUGUUGGGGUUUCUUCAAGACUCAAUUUUUAUUGACUUUUGACGGCAUAAA